AUGACAAAGAUUUCUGGUACCGGCAAAAGUUACUACGAAGGGGGUUUUUCUAUCAUGCUCGCUGUCAUAAUCGUUUCAUGUAGAUGCAUUAAUUUAAUUAAUUUUUUGCCGGCAACUGUUCAUCUGCAGGCCAGCCAUCAAUCAUCAAAUAUUAUUCGUAAAAAAAAUUGUCGUUGCUCAGAAAUGUUCGUGUCGAUUAUCCUUCAAACUGGAUUAUUACACCCAAUGGUAUCACCGUUCUUUGAGACAAAAGUAGAACCAUUAAAAAGAGCUCAUGUUUUUACGUCGGAUAGUGUUCUUUUAUUUGUCGAUCCUAGUUUUGUCCGGGGUUGCUAA